AUGGACUAUAUAAAGAAAUCUAUAUGGGGACAACAAAAACCAGACCCGAGAGAACAACAACGAAACUUGAAGAAAAUUAUACGGAAAAAUAGUAGAGAGGUGAACAGAUCGUUGUAUGAAUUAACAAACUUAAAGUUGAAAUCCGAAAAAUUAAUUAAGGCAAGUGCCAAGAAAAAUGAUAAAAAAAAAGUAAAGAUAUAUUGUCAUGAAUUAUAUCGUAUAAAUAAACAAUACGAUAGGAUGUACACUUCAAAGGCACAACUGGAAAGUAUUGGCCUGAAAGUCGAUGAAAUGUUGAAUUUACAAAAAAUUGGCCAAACUAUGGCACAAGGUGCUGGAAUUAUGAAUGAAGUUAAUUCUUUGAUUCACAUACCUGCAUUAAGGUCAUCUAUGAUAGAAUUGGAAAAGGAAUUAAUGAAGAGCGGCAUAAUUACUGAAAUGGUUGAUGAUACUUUAGAAAUGAAUCCUGAAGAUGAUAUAACGGUUGAAGAAGAUGAUGAAGAGAUAGAAAACGCAGUUAAUGAAAUUAUGGAAAAAUAUACCAAUGAGAAAUUUGAUAAAGUCCAUACUGUUCCACAGACCAAAUUACCUAUUCAUCAGCAGCAAGAAUCAAUACCUCAAAAGGAAAAAGAUGAAGAAGAUAAAAUUAUCCCUAAUGAAAAUGUGGAUGGUGAGGCAGACAAUUUAUUAAACGAAAUGAGAGAAAGAUUAAGAGCAUUACAAAGUUGA